UGUCUCAUUUUUUUUUAGGUUAUCCUGAAUACUACAUGACUAACAAUUUUCCUUGCAACAUUAGCUGUUGUUUUUCACUGCCUCCAAAAGAUCAAAGUUGCUCCGGAAAUUGGAGACAUAUUUGAUUUAAAAGAAAUAACUUUAACAGAUGGACAAUAUGUCUAUUACGAAUACACCAACAAGUAAUGAUGCCUGUCUGAGCAUUGUACAUAGUUUGAUGUGCCAUAGACAAGGUGGAGAGAGUGAAACAUUUGCAAAAAGAGCAAUUGAAAGUUUGGUAAAGAAGCUGAAGGAGAAAAAAGAUGAAUUGGAUUCUUUAAUAACAGCUAUAACUACAAAUGGAGCUCAUCCUAGCAAAUGUGUUACCAUACAGAGAACAUUGGAUGGAAGGCUUCAGGUGGCUGGUCGGAAAGGAUUUCCUCAUGUGAUCUAUGCCCGUCUCUGGAGGUGGCCCGAUCUUCACAAAAAUGAACUAAAACAUGUUAAAUAUUGUCAGUAUGCAUUUGACUUAAAAUGUGAUAGUGUCUGUGUGAAUCCAUAUCACUAUGAACGAGUUGUAUCACCUGGAAUUGAUCUCUCAGGAUUAACACUGCAGAGUAAUGCUCCACCAAGUAUGUUGGUGAAGGAUGAAUAUGUUCAUGACUUUGAGGGACAGCCAUCGUUGUCUACUGAAGGGCAUUCAAUUCAAACCAUCCAGCAUCCACCAAGUAAUCGUGCAUCAACGGAGACAUACAGCACACCAGCUCUGUUAGCUCCAUCUGAGUCUAAUGCUACCAGCACCACCAACUUUCCCAACAUUCCUGUGGCUUCCACAAGUCAGCCAGCCAGUAUACUGGCAGGCAGCCAUAGUGAAGGAUUGUUGCAGAUAGCUUCAGGGCCUCAGCCAGGACAGCAGCAGAAUGGAUUUACUGGUCAGCCAGCUACUUACCAUCAUAACAGCACUACCACCUGGACUGGAAGUAGAACCGCACCAUACACACCUAAUUUGCCUCACCACCAAAACGGCCAUCUUCAGCACCACCCGCCUAUGCCGCCCCAUCCCGGACAUUACUGGCCAGUUCACAAUGAGCUUGCAUUCCAGCCUCCCAUUUCCAAUCAUCCUGCUCCUGAGUAUUGGUGUUCCAUUGCUUACUUUGAAAUGGAUGUUCAAGUAGGAGAGACAUUUAAGGUUCCUUCAAGCUGCCCUAUUGUUACUGUUGAUGGAUACGUGGACCCUUCUGGAGGAGAUCGCUUUUGCUUGGGUCAACUCUCCAAUGUCCACAGGACAGAAGCCAUUGAGAGAGCAAGGUUGCACAUAGGCAAAGGGGUGCAGUUGGAAUGUAAAGGUGAAGGUGAUGUUUGGGUCAGGUGCCUUAGCGACCACGCAGUCUUUGUACAGAGUUACUACUUAGACAGAGAAGCCGGGCGUGCACCUGGAGAUGCUGUUCAUAAGAUCUAUCCAAGUGCAUAUAUAAAGGUCUUUGAUUUGCGUCAGUGUCAUCGUCAGAUGCAGCAGCAGGCGGCCACUGCACAAGCUGCAGCAGCUGCUCAGGCGGCGGCCGUGGCCGGAAACAUCCCUGGCCCAGGAUCAGUAGGUGGAAUAGCUCCAGCUAUCAGUUUGUCAGCUGCUGCCGGAAUUGGUGUUGAUGACCUUCGUCGCUUAUGCAUACUCAGGAUGAGUUUUGUGAAAGGCUGGGGACCGGAUUACCCAAGACAGAGCAUCAAAGAAACACCUUGCUGGAUUGAGAUUCACUUACACCGGGCCCUCCAGCUCCUAGAUGAAGUACUUCACACCAUGCCUAUUGCCGACCCACAACCUUUAGACUGAGGUCUUUUUACUCUUGGGGCCCUUAACGUUAUCAGGAUGGUGGACUAUAAAAUACAAUCCUGUUUAUAAUCUGAAGAUAUAUUUCACUUUUGUUCUGCUUUAUCUUUUCAUAAAGGGUUGAAAAAUGUGUUUGCUGCCUUGCUCCUAGCAGACAGAAACUGGAUUAAAACAAUUUUUUUUUUCCUAUUUAGAACUUUUCAGGCAUGGCUCAGAGCUUGAAGAUCAGGAAAACACAUUCUUAUUAAAUCUUCACCAGUUAUGUAUGAAGGAAUCAUUCCAGUGCUGGAAAAUUUAGCCCUUUAAAAUGUCUUAGAGCAUUUUAUAUGCAGAACCUCAAUAUGUAUGUUAUUCUACACGAUAAAUUCAAUAUUGCUGAUUUUAAAGGCAGAGAAGUUCUCAAAGUUAAUUCACCUAUGUUAUUUUGUGUGCAAGUUGUUAUUGUUGACCAUAAUUUACUCCAAAAUACUGUGCCAUGUGGGUGAGUUAAUUUUACCAAGAGCAACUUUACUGUGUUUAAAAAAUAAGAUAGUAAUGUAUUCUAACCUUUUAUCCAAAAUAUUUUUUUGCAAGUUAAACUAGUGAAGAUGAUUUCAAUUCAGAUUGUCUUGCAACUUCAAUUUUAUUUUUGCCAAGGCAAAACACUAAUCUGUGUAUAUAUUGAGAAUUCCUUAAAAUUACCAGACAAAGAAAUAUCAUUUAAAAAUUACAUUUGUUAUCCCUGUUGGAUAACUAUUUAUCAAGAAGUAAACUUUUGCCCUGUUAAACAGUUAGAUGUAUUCUUCUAUAUUUCUAGGCACAAGGUUGGUUACUAUGAAGCCUAGAAAAGGAAUUUCUUUCCUUCAUUAAUUCAUAGGGAAAGGUUUUGUAUUUUUAAAAACACUAAAAGCAGUGUCACUCCACCUAAUAUCUCACUGUUCUGCAAAGGUGGCAAUGCUUAAACUAAAUAAUGAGUGUUUUGGAAACUGCUAAAUUCUAUGUUAAAUACUAUGCAGAAUAAUGGAAACAUUACAGUUCCUAAUAGAUAGUUUGGAUAUUUUUGUACUUGAUUUGAUGUGUGCUUUUUUUUUCGUAUGCUGUUUAAAUCAUGUAUGUUAUGACAUUGUUUAAAAUUCAGUUUUUGUAUCUUGGGGCAAGACUGCAAACUUUUUUAUACCUUUUGGUUAUUCUAAGCCCUUUGCCAUCAAUGAUCAUAUCAGUUGGCAGUGACUUUGUAUAGAGAAUUUAAGUAGAAAAGUUGCAAAUGUAUUGACUGUACCACAGACACAAUAUGUAUGCUUUUUACUUAGCUAGUAGCAUAAAUAAAACCGAAUCUCAACAUACAAAGUUGAAUUCUAGGUUUGAUUUUUAAGUUUUUUUUUUCUUUUGCACUUUUGAGUCCAACCUCAGUGGCGAGACACCUUCUACUAAAUGACAGGCAACAGCCAGUACUAUUGGGCAGCUUUGGUUUUUCCCUCAUGCUCUACCAGGACUUCCCCAUGGACAUUAUGUAUCCAGUGUAAAGUUGGUUGUUUUUUGAACUUUUAUUUUACUGUAGCAAAAUAGGACUGAUUGUCUACAAGAUAAAUAGGUUGUCUACAGGAUAGAUAGUGUGAAAUAAAAUCAAGGAUUAUCUUUUGGAUACUUUUACUUUUUGCUUGGAGGGCCUUUUUAAGCGUAAUAAAAUUCUUGAAGGUGUGUUACAAGUUUGAGGUAUGAGAAACACUUAUGCAUGAUAGUCAUCCUUAUAGCGACUUAAAUGACCAAGUCUUCUACUUCCUUGCUUAGAAGGUCUUCUUAAUAAGACCAUCUUAGAAACCACUAAGUUUGCUUAUUGCUGUGAUUUAAACAUAGAUCUUGAUCCAAGCUACAUGUCUUUUGUUUAAAAAUAACUUCUCUACCAACUCAUUUGUACUCUUGAGUACUUACAGAUACUUUUGUUAGAGACCCAGUUUUUUGUACAAGUUUUGUGAUUUAAGUUUUAUUGGCAGAUUUUAAAAAAGAUGCAUUCUCUAGAAAUUAUUGACCUUAGGUCCAAUUUACGGUGAGUGAAAAAUAGAAGUGAGAGGAGAGAGUUCUAGAAUACAGAUUUUUAAAAUCCAGAUUAUUUGAUUAGAACCAUAAGCAUGCUAUAAUACAAUCCAUUGCUCCUUUUCUACUUUAAGGAAGAUUUUCAUGUUUAAUCAUCUGCGGAAGAUAUGUGGAAGAUAUUUGCUAAGAAGUCUCUCUUGGAGGCCAAGCCACUUGUCUUGGUUUCUUUCUGCUAAGAGCCAUAAAAGUACUGCAAGUACAAAGAAAUACUUCUAGUUAGUAAUUGCUUUAUAUUUGUACCUAGCUUCAGUCACAUGCUUUGGAGAAAACAUCUAGUCUGUUAUGAUCAGUUAUUCCUGAGAGUUGUUAAAUAGUAUUUCCAUUUCUUAGAGGUGGUCAUCUUUGAUGAGUAAGACUAAAGAAUCACUAGGUUUAAGAUUUUAUGGCUACUUUAAGGGAUAGAAUAGUUUCCACAGUUCUUGGAAUCUGAUUAUUAUGAGGAUACGGUUGUGGGUGGGUUUUCUCUAGCUUGUUCAUAUCUCAAAGACUCUCAAAAUGUUGAAUUUGAGUGAAAGCUGAGUGAGAGAUGAACCAAGUACAUACAUUUAUAAUCCACUGAGGCCCAUUUCACUUUUGUCCAGUGCCUUUCAGUGCGUUAUCAAAGGGAAUCCUUAAUAGUGUUGCCUUUAUUUUCCAGGGAGUAGAUUUCUUUUGUGGGAUAUAGUCUAUCUCAUUUUUUAUAGUAUAUUACCCCUGGUAUACAAAGAUAAUGAUAAUAAAUCACUGCCAUAUAACCUUGUUUUUCCAGAGCAUGGCUCAUUUGUAUUGACCUAACCGUUGCCUAUCCCAUUCCUCCUAUAAACGUUGUAGGUUUACAGAUUGGGUGGUCUGGCCUAAGGAUAACCAUAUUUGAAACAUUUAAGUAAACUGAACACAUAUUAGCUGUGUAGUAUUUCAAAGUUAAAAAUCCAUUUUUGUGAGGAAGAGUGUGGUGUAAAGGGGGGUAGUAUUUGUAAUAGAAAUUUUGAAGGCAAAAUAAAAUGUCCUGUCUUCCAGAUGGUAAAUAUCUUAUUUUAAACAUUUAUUGCAGUUAUCUUUUUGACCAUGCCCAUCUGGAGAAGGGAAAUUUUACACUUUCCCAUGGUGCUCUGUAAGUAUCUGUGGAGGUUAAAGAAUAUACGGUGAAAUAUUUCUACUCCUGGUUUAGUGGUAACUGGUUAAUGGUUGGUUACUCACCAGCUGCUAUGCAAAGUCAGAUUAGUUCAGAACCUUUUUGAGAGCCUUUUGGAAGAAGCAGUUUUAUUCUGAGUAGGGCAGAAUCCUUUUUGUUGAUAGUUUCUAUAGUUUGCUCUGAAUUCAGCAUUGUCAUUUUACUGGCAUUUUCUUUAACGAUAGCAGAUUGGGAAAAUGGUAAAUUUUAGGUCACUGAGGUAAAAUGAAUAUAUGAAAGCAGUUGCCUCUAAAGUCACUUAACAACUCUUUUGUAGAUGGGGCUUGGCUAAGACUAGCAGAUAAUAGCAUGAAGGAAUGCUUUUUUUUCUAAAAGUAGAACCUAUCUUGUUGCAGAUAACUAUCUGUAAAUAAUUGCCUAAAUCCUCCUUUGCUAGAUUGUAGAAAAUAG